GUGCCUCAGGUGGACAUGGUCAAGGCCGGGAACAGCUUCUCCAUGACGUAUGCAUUCUGUUCGCAGUUUGCCAAAGGGGUGUAUGCGAUCAUCGGCGUGUACGACCGGCGUACGGUGAACAUGUUGAUGUCCUUCUGCGGGGCGCUACACGUGUGUUUCGUCACGCCCAGUUUCCCCGUCGCUGCGGCCAAUCAGUUCGUCAUACAGCUGAGGCCACACCUCCAGGGGGCAGUGCUUAGCGUCAUCGAGUUCUACAAGUGGACGCGCUUCACUUACCUCUACAGCUCCGACUCAGGUCUGACGGUGUUGCAGCGUGUGCUAGACAGUGCUGCGGAGCGCGGGUGGCAGGUGGUGUCGGUGAACGUGGAGAGCAUCUCGGAGGCCUCGUUCCUGAAGCUCUACCAGGACCUGGAGAACAGGAAGGAGGGCCAGAUCAUCAUCGACUGCGAAACAGACAGACUGGCCUCCGUACUCAGGAAGAUUGUGGAACUUCGGAAAAAUGUGAAGAAUUUCCACUACCUUCUCGCCAACCCAGGUUUCCUGGACGUGGACCUGUCUGAGUUUAAGAAGGGCGGGGCCAACGUGACAGGGUUCCAGCUAGUCAACGGGGACGACGCUAGCGUUCGAGAGACGCUGCAGCAGUGGGCCCUCUUCGAGAACAAGGACCCCAAGGCACCCAGCAAACCCCUGAAGUACACGGGAGCUCUGACGUAUGAUGGGGUGAAGGUGAUGGCCACAGCGUUCCAGAAUCUUCGUCGGCAGCGGAUCGACAUCUCUCGCCGUGGCAACGCCGGGGAGUGUUUGGCCAACCCCCCCGCACCCUGGGGACAAGGCAUCGACAUACAGCGAGCUCUGCAGCAGGUCCGUAUCGAUGGGCUGACUGGCCACAUCCAGUUCGAUGAGAAGGGACGCAGGAUCAACUACACUCUCGGGGUCAUGGAACUCAGAGCAGCCGGACCCAAGAAGGUGGGCUACUGGAAUGAAAAUGAGAAGUUUAUUCCGACGUCGUUUCCUCCGGGCACCAACGAGACAAACGGCCUUCAGAACAGAAGCUACAUCGUCACUACUAUAAUGGAGGCGCCGUAUGUCAUGCUAAAGAAGAACCAUGAGCAGCUCCAGGGUAACGAUAAGUACGAGGGCUACAUCGUGGAGCUAGCGGCCGAGAUCGCUAAGCACGUGGGCUACCGCUACCACCUGCACAUCGUCACCGACGGCAAGUACGGCGCCAAGGACCCCGACACCAAACAGUGGAACGGCAUGGUGGGAGAACUGGUGUACGGGAAAGCGGACGUGGCGGUAGCCCCCCUGACCAUCACCCUGGUGCGAGAGGAGGUGAUCGACUUCUCCAAGCCCUUCAUGAGUCUGGGCAUCUCCAUCAUGAUCAAGAAGCCCACCAAGUCCAAACCCGGUGUCUUCUCCUUCCUGGACCCACUGGCCUAUGAGAUCUGGAUGUGCAUCGUCUUCGCCUAUAUCGGAGUCAGUGUCGUCCUCUUCCUCGUCAGCCGCUUCAGCCCCUACGAGUGGCACGCAGACGACGAGGACCCCGCCGCCACGCCCCCCACCCAGGAGCAGAGCAACGAGUUCGGAAUCUUCAACUCCCUCUGGUUUUCACUCGGAGCCUUCAUGCAGCAGGGGUGUGACAUCUCGCCCAGGUCCCUAUCAGGCCGUAUAGUGGGUGGUGUGUGGUGGUUCUUCACCCUCAUCAUCAUCUCGUCCUACACGGCUAACUUGGCGGCGUUCCUGACGGUGGAGCGGAUGGUGUCGCCCAUCGAGAGCGCGGAGGACCUGGCCAAGCAGACGGAGAUCGCCUACGGAACACUGGACGCAGGCUCCACCAAGGAGUUCUUCAGGCGCUCCAAGAUCGCAGUGUUUGAGAAGAUGUGGUCGUACAUGAAGAGUGCGGACCCGUCUGUGUUUGUGAAGACGACGGCGGAGGGCGUGGUGCGCGUGCGCAAGUCGAAAGGGAAGUACGCCUACCUGCUGGAGUCCACCAUGAACGAGUACAUAGAGCAGCGCAAACCCUGCGACACCAUGAAGGUCGGCGGGAACCUGGACUCCAAGGGAUACGGCAUCGCCACGCCCAAAGGAUCCAUACUCAGGAGUCAUGUCAACCUGGCGGUGCUGAAGCUGAAUGAACAGGGUCUACUGGACAAGCUGAAGAACAAGUGGUGGUACGACAAGGGAGAGUGUGGCAGUGGCGGAGGAGACUCCAAGGACAAGACGAGUGCCCUGAGCCUGAGUAACGUGGCGGGGGUCUUCUACAUCCUGAUUGGUGGGCUGGGGCUCGCCAUGCUGGUGGCCCUCGUGGAGUUCUGCUACAAGUCGCGCGCAGAGUCACACCGCAUGAAGCACUCUAUAGACGCAGCGCUGCGCUGUUCUGGCCUGGGAGGUCUGGGCGGAGCUUCAGGCAUGGGGGGCGGGCCAGACGCAGAGAACGGAAGGCUAUUGGCUGCCGGCGGUGAGAACGGAAGGCUAUUGGCUCAAGACUUCCCCAAAGCCGUACAGAGCUGCAUGAGCCACUCAGCUGGCAUCAGCCUGGGAGCCGCCGGGAUGUGA